UACAACUCUCAAUCAGACUGCCUCCUAGCGAGACAUAUAGAGAUACCUAUCUGGGUUUCAACCUUUCCACUCUUCACGCAUUCCGUUCUCUCGACGCCUCAGCACCUCCAUCGUCUGUUCACUCAAUCUUCCUAACACAAUGUCUGCCGUACUCAGAAUCCUCGCUCGUGCGCAGGAAUAUGUCAUCGACCCUGACAACCUCGACCUCAACUCUACCGACCCUCAGUAUAUCGGGCGAGCCAGGAAGUUUUGUACCUUUGACAAAAAAUGUCCUAUGGAAUGGGCCACGAUUUUCUAUCGACCCACCAUGGUCGGUAACUUGAUCUACCUCCUCAUCUUCCUCGCAUUGUUGGGUGGUCAACUUUGGUACGGAAUCAGGAACAAGACCUGGAAAUACAUGUCUUGCCUCUGCCUUGGUAUCUUUGGCGAGGCAAUCGGAUAUGUUGGCAGAAUCUUGCUUCACGGCAAUCCUUGGAUCAUGAACAACUUCCUAGUCAACCUGAUCUGCCUUACCAUUUCGCCCGCUCUUAUCACUGCUGGUAUCUACCUCUGCCUGAGCCGCGUCAUCACUGUCGUUGGCUCUGAGAACUCCCGCAUGAAGCCCAAGAUGUACACCUGGGUCUUCGUCGGUGCCGAUCUUCUAGCUUUGGUCCUCCAGGCCCUCGGUGGAGGUAUUGCCGCAACUGCUAAGGACUCCAAGGGCUCUAAGCAAGGUACCAACAUCAUGAUCGGAGGUCUCAUCUCCCAGGUCGUCACCAUGGCUCUUUUCUUCGCCAUCUGGCUCGACUUUGUCCUCCGCGUCCGCCGCGCAAGGCUUGCCGGCACUCUUUCCCGCUCUCAGCCUCCUCUCUACGAGGCCCUUCGCUCCACCAGGACUUUCAGCCUUUUCCAGUGGAGCUUGUUCAUCGCCUCCGUCACCAUCUUCGUCCGAUGCGUCUACCGUGUUGCCGAGCUCUGGGAGGGCUUCUCCGGCCACCUUGCCAACGACGAGGCUACCUUCAUGAUCUUCGAGGGUCCCAUGAUCAUCAUUGCCGUCGCUUGCAUGACUGCUUUCCAUCCCGGCCGCGUGUUCGGAGACCUCUGGGUUUCUGCUGGCAACGGCGUUCGCUCUGCUAAGGAGGACUUCCCUCUUGCUGAUGGCGCUGGUGACUGGAAGGCCGAUGACUCCUAUGGACGUGUCUAACCUUGACAUGUAGUGUGCGACAGUCGUAACGGACGCUCAUCGCUUCGCGCAGCGGCUUUGACAGUCGAGCGCCAGCCGCGUCAAGAACUCACAAGAUGAAACGAAUCUGGAGGAAUUAAUACACGACAAUUCUCAC